GCUGGAGCUACAGCUGCGGCGAUGGCGCACGAAGGCCCGAGGCAGGUUCGAGACCGCGGGGUGACCCGAUCCAAGGCGGAAAAGGCGCGGCCGCCUACGGUUCCGGUGCAGCAGGUGGACAUAGUGCCUGGGCGGCUCACUGAGGCCGAGUGGAUGGAGCUCACGGCUCUCGAAGAGGGCGAGGAAGUGGUGGGGGACAUCUUGGCUGAUCUGCUGGCCCGAGUCAUGGACUCUGCCUUUAAAGUCUACCUGACCCAGCAGUGCAUUCCAUUCACCAUCAGUCAGGCACGGGAAGCCAUGCUGCAGAUCACCGAGUGGCGCUUCCUGGCCAGGGACGAGGGAGAAUGUGCAGUGGCAGAGAACCCCACAUGGGGCGAGGACGAGGAACCCUUGCCUUGCACGACGGACGCCUGGGCUCAGGGAUCCGUGCCCGUGCUGCACGCGCUGACCUCGGUGGGGCUGAAGGAGACCUUCCAAGGCGAAGACCAAGAGAACGUGGACCAGAUCCCUUUAGGAAGAUCGUGGACGGAUAUAGGCUCUCAGGAGCGGAUGGAAUCUUGGGAGCGUCCUCCCGAACUGAGAGUCACCCCGGGCCCCCUACCCACCCUGGUUCUGUUUCAGGAGACAGGGCCCAGGGGUCCUUUCGAGAAACUGGACGACCAGGCGAGGGGCCACCUGUUUGCAGUCGGAUCCUUGAACGCGAGCAGCCAACUGUCGGGAGAGAUGGCGCCCGCCGGCAGUCCCCACCCUUCUCUGGAGCUGUCCUUGGUAGCCAGCCCUCAGGCCUCUGUCGAGAGGGCACAGCCCCUCAGCUCUCAGUUCUCGUUCGAGGACCUCUACUAUUCCCCGCCGCAGCCGCACGUGGCUGGAGACCGGCCGGAGCUCAAGGAGGAGAAGGUGCCCCGCAUCCCCUCGGUCGUGUCGGUGUCCGGCCCCUCUGCGGGCGGCCCGACCACGCUCAGCCCCUCCGGGGGGUUCCAGCCGUAGCAGCCCGGGCGCGCCGAUGCGCGGCCCAGUGCGCUGCACUACAGAAUGGGCCGCAAGGCGGCGAUGGCGCGCCUGGACCCAGCGCGGCUGCCGCGCCACUGGGUGCGCCCGCUGCCGGAGGUUCUGGUCCCAGACUCCGAGGCGCGCCGCCUGGAAGCCUUCCGCGGGCGCCAGCGGGGCGAGAAGACGGAGGCCCCAGCCGGACCGCAAGCCUCCGCCCCCAGCGUUCGCGUCUCCCCGUCAGUGUUCUUCCCUAUCCCGCCUGGCGUUCCUUUCCGAUCCUUGGGCCCCGGCCCCAGCCUCGGAUUCCCUACUUUAAGUUUAGGCCUACCGUCGCCAGGUUUUGGUUCAAAGCUGCCCGUCCCCAGUCCCGGGCUCCGUUUUCUCGCCACACACCCGGCGCGCCACGACGUGGCCCGCAGCCCCAGCCCCAGACUGUGGCCGGGUGCCAAGUGGCCCAGCGGCUGGGAGGGGGCGGCUGAGUUGCUGGGUGACCUGUGGGCUGGCCGCACCCGCAUACCUCUGCAGGGCCUGGACCCUGGGGAUGGGGAGAGCCAGGAUCCUCACAAGUGGCUUCAUCCCGUGCCCCGAGUUCUCGAGGCCACGUCCCAGGUGAUGUGGAAGCCCGUGUUGCUGCCGAAAGCACUGAAGCUGGCUCCUGGUGUGGGCAUGUGGAACCCAGCCACCCAGGUGCUGCUCAGCUCUGCUGAACCUCAAAAGGAGGACAAAGAAGGUGGCACCUCUCCUCCCCACACAGGCGCCCCAAAGCCCCAGGUGACCCCAGUGGCACAGCUAAUGAAGAAGUUAACCCCCAAAAUGUGGUCACUCCCCUCCAAGCACCUGCCCCAUUCUGAGCCCUGAACCUCAGGCAGUGUGAAACCUACCUUCCUUCUGUCUGCUUGCCAGAAAUAAACACCUGA